CCCAGGUCGUCGACACACAACAAACCGAACUACGGAGCAAGCGGGGUGAGAACGUCCGAAACCGCCUCUGACCGCGACUUUUAAACUCUUUUUUACCCCCCCACAGAAUUAGAGCGGGAUUAAGACAGAGGCUGUAUAAGUAUAACAAAAGUUAGGAUUGGAACAGGACUACAUUUGAGAACCAGGUCACAUGCAACAUCCCCUAAUUCGUUUAUAAUCGAGGAGCUCAAGUCAGAUCUAAGUUGACGUGAUCCAAAAGAUGUUGCAGAAAUGAUAGCAGCACCAGAAAUACACUCAGAGUUUGCCUACACUCAGGAUACAGAUACUAGAUUUUCCUCAGACACAGACUUCUCUGAGGAUCUAGAUGGAAGGACUGCAAAUAAAGGAAAGGGUGGGAAGAAGGGGAAGAAAGGUGCAGGGGAGAAAGGCAAAGGAGGAAAGGGUGCAGGCCGGAUAAAUGGCCACCACCAGGAAAAUGGCAUGGAAAACGUGAUGCUGUUUGAGGUGGUAAAACUGGGCAGAAGUGCAAUGCAGUCUGUUGUUGAUGAGUGGAUUGAAUCUUACAAACAUGACAGGGAUGUUGCACUGCUAGAUCUCAUCAACUUCUUUAUUCAGUGCUCAGGAUGUAAAGGUGUGGUCACCGGAGAAAUGUUUCGAAACAUGCAGAACUCUGAGAUCAUUCGACGAAUGACAGAGGAAUUUGAUGAGGACAGCGGCGAUUAUCCUCUAACCAUAGCCGGGCCACAGUGGAAGAAGUUCAAAACAAGCUUUUGUGAAUUCAUUUCAGUGCUCGUUCGCCAGUGUCAAUACAGUAUCAUUUAUGAUGAGUACAUGAUGGACACUGUCAUCUCUCUUCUUACUGGACUAUCAGACUCCCAAGUUCGAGCUUUCAGACACACCUCAACACUGGCAGCCAUGAAGCUGAUGACAGCCCUGGUGAAUGUAGCUCUAAACCUGAGCAUUAACAUGGAUAACACCCAGCGCCAGUAUGAGGCAGAGAGGAAUAAGAUUGUUGCUAAAAGGGCAAAUGACAGGCUGGAGCUGCUCCUGCAAAAACGCAAAGAGCUUCAAGAAAAUCAGGAUGAAAUUGAAAACAUGAUGAAUGCAAUUUUCAAAGGAGUGUUCGUCCAUCGAUAUCGGGAUUCAAUAGCAGAAAUCAGGGCAAUCUGUAUAGAGGAGAUUGGAGUAUGGAUGAAACUCUACAGUGAUGCCUUCCUCAACGACAGUUAUUUGAAGUAUGUGGGAUGGACAAUGCAUGAUAAGCAAGGAGAGGUACGUCUGAAGUGUCUGACGGCUCUGCAGGGCCUUUACUACAACAGAGAGCUCAAUGCAAGACUGGAGCUCUUCACCAGUCGCUUUAAGGACCGUAUUGUCUCUAUGACUCUUGAUAAGGAGUAUGAUGUUGCAGUACAAGCUAUUAAACUUCUCACUCUAGUCUUAAAUAGUACAGAUGAGGUGUUGACCCCUGAGGACUGUGAGAGCGUCUACCACUUGGUCUACUCUGCACACAGGCCGGUCGCUGUUGCAGCUGGAGAGUUCUUAUAUAAGAAAUUGUUCAGCCAGCGAGAACCAGAGGAGGAAGGAGCCCCUAAAAGAAGAGGAAGACAAAGUCUGAACGCCAACCUCAUUAAGACCACCGUCUUUUUCUUCCUUGAGAGCGAGCUCCAUGAACAUGCAGCAUACUUGGUGGAUUCCCUCUGGGAAUGUGGUGCAGAGCUACUGAAAGACUGGGAGUGUAUGAUCAGCUUAUUGAUAGAUGACCCAUUACCAGGAGAGGAAGCUCUUACUGACAGACAAGAAACAGCUUUGAUUGAAAUCAUGCUGUGCACUGUACGUCAGGCUGCUGAAUGCCACCCACCUGUUGGAAGAGGAACAGGCAAGAGGGUAAUGACAGCUAAAGAGAAGAAGACUCAGCUGGAUGAUCGAACAAGAUUAACGGAGCUGUUUGCUGUGGCUUUGCCGCCUCUACUGGCCAAGUAUGCUGUUGAUGCAGAGAAGGUGACGAACUUGUUACAGUUGCCUCAGUACUUUGAUCUGGAAAUUUACACCACUGGACGUCUAGAGAAGCAUCUGGACGCCCUGCUGCGUCAGAUUAAAGAAAUUGUGGAGAAACACACGGACACAGAAGUUCUGGAGUCCUGCUCAAAGACCUACCAUGCUCUCUGCAACGAGGAGUUCACAAUCUUUAACAGGGUAGAUAUAUCCCGCUCCCAGCUCCUGGAUGAGCUGGUGGACAAGUUCACAAGGCUGCUGGAGGAUUUCCUACAAGAGGGUGAAGAUGCUGAUGAAGAUGAUGUUUAUCAGGUUUUGUCGACUUUGAAGAGGAUCACAGCAUUUCAUAAUGCACAUGACCUGUCGGGGUGGGACCUCUUUACCAGCAACUUCAAACUUCUCAACACGGGUAUAGAAAAUGGAGAUAUGCCUGAACAGAUAGUCAUUCAUUCACUGCAGUGCACCCACUAUGUUAUUCUGUGGCAGCUGGCCAAACUGUCUGAGGGCAGCUCCAGAAAGGAUGACAUGGUGACCCUGAGGAAACAGAUGAGGGCGUUCUGUUUGAUGUGUCAGCGCUACCUCACAAACGUUAACACGGCCGUCAAAGAGCAGGCUUUCACCAUCCUGUGUGAUCUCCUGCUCAUCUUUAGCCACCAGAUGGUGUCUGGGGGCAGGGAACACUUGGAGCCCUUGGUCUAUUCCCCAGAGGACUCUUUACAGUCUGAACUGCUCUCCUUCGUCCUCAACCACGUCUUCAUAGACCAGGACGAUGACACAAAUAGCACAGAUGGGCAGCAAGACGACGAGGCAGUAAAAAUUGAAGCUUUGCACAAGAGGAGAAACCUCCUGGCUGCCUACUGUAAGCUCAUCAUCUACUGUGUUGUAGAAAUGAAAACUGGGGCCGACAUCUUCAAACAGUACAUGAGGUAUUAUAAUGAUUAUGGUGACAUCAUCAAGGAAACUAUGAGUAAAACUCGGCAAAUUGACAAGAUUCAAUGUGCGAAGACGCUCAUUCUUAGUCUGCAGCAGCUGUUUAAUGAAAUGCUGUCGGAACUGGGUCAUGGAUUUGAUCGAUCCUCCUCUGCGUUCUGUGGAAUCAAAGAGUUGGCCCGUCGGUUUUCUCUAACCUUUGGGCUCGACCAAGUCAAAACCAGAGAUGCCAUUGCUAUGUUGCACAAGGAUGGUAUUGAGUUUGCAUUUAAGGAGCCCAGUCCUCAAGGAGAGGGAGGUCCUCCUCUCAACUUGGCGUUCUUAGACAUCCUGAGCGAGUUCUCCUCCAAACUCAUGAGACAAGAUAAGAGGACUGUCCACAUGUACCUGGAGCGCUUCAUGACGUUCCAGAUGGCGCUGCAACGAGAGGACUGCUGGCUUCCACUGAUCUCCUACAGAAACUCGCUGCAGGCUGGGGGUGAUGACGACACCAUGUCUGUCAUGAGCGGCUACUCCAGCCGAGGCUCCUCCGUUCGCUCCAAGAAGGCCAAACCACCUGUGGCUACAGCCGGAACGUCGGCAGCAAAGAGGAAACUGCCAGAGGAGGAGAGCAGCAGUGCCGUCGAGGCUUGGCAGCAAAGCAUCCAGACCCCUGUCAUGUUGCCCUCCCCCCAUCUCACCUCUACAGCCAUGCGAGACCCCAAAAGAGGUCGUGAUGACAGCUACAUGGGGGUCUACGCUCUUCCUCACGAGCAGCCUCAGCCCCACCAACACCCGCAGCACCAUCAACAGACGCCACAGCACCACCAGACACCCAUGGAUUACAAUUCCCAGGUGACGUGGAUGCUGGCGCAGAGACAGCAAGAGGAGGCGCGCCAGCACCAAGAAAGAGCCAUGAACUACGCCAAGCUCAGGUCCAAUCUGCAGCAUGCCAUUCGUCGCGGCACCGGGCUGAUGGAGGAAGACGAAGAGCCUAUUGUAGAGGAUGUUAUGAUGUCAUCCGAGGGUCGCAUGGAUGACCUCAAUGAAGGCAUGGACUUUGACACCAUGGACAUUGAUCUGCCACCAUCUAAAAACCGCCGUGAGAGAUCUGAGCUCAAGCCCGACUACUUCGAUCCUGCUUCAAUCAUGGAUGAAUCGGUCCUUGGGGUGUCCAUGUUUUAAGCUAACAUCCAGAUGAUUUUGACGAUGGGAGAACAGAAGAGGCGCUUUGUAUUUAAAGAGAAUUUUAGAUGCGAAAACGAGUGUUUUCUGUAAGAAAAAGCAAAAAAUAAAACAAAAAAAAAUAGAUUCUGGCUUGUACUCCACGUGGACCAAUGACAACCCAUACUCAGUGUUGCUUGCUCAGAGAGGACUUUGUUUCAAGAAUUUAACUUUUCUAAUGUUGGGUGAGCUCUUCCUGUUUGAAACCAGUGCAACAGGCCACUUCCAAAUACCUAUUAGAAAGGUCUGAAGAAAAAUUAUAGCUUUUUUUUUUUCUUCCUUCCUUUCGUUCUUUUUUUUUUUUUUUUUUUAAAGGGGAUGAAUCAGUGUGUUUUAACUUAAGAAAUGUUUUUUUUUAUGUCUAACCCUUUUUACAAUUGUAGUAAGUUACCAGGUGUGAUGUAGUAAUUUAUAAACAAACUGUAGUAGCUUGCUUGUACCGUGUUAGCCAAGUGGAUGGAGGUCUUUCUGUUUGUUUCCUUAUUGUUUUUCUUUGUUUACUUCAAUCUCUUCAGUUGUUUUUUUUCUUUCUCCUCCCUGUUGUCGGGUCUGAGUCGAGGUCCUGAAAACCACUGGUGGUUAAGAUGUUGAGAUGUCACGUAGAAUCAGUCUAGAUCCUUUUUAUGCUGUGAAGAUUACCCAGAGUUCACUUUAACUCUCAGUCCAACUCCAAGAUUUGGUUCACUCCUAAACUGUCUGCUAGAAGAAGCUGCAAAGUUUUGUUCCUGUAGUACCACUGUGUGGGCUCAAUAAAAACACCUUGAUGGGGAAAAACAAAAGUUUAAUAAAAUUGUCACCUUUUUGCUCCUAAAAUCCCACAGCAUAAUGUUAAGAUCUCUACAUUUUAAAUAAAAGUUAUAUAUGAAUCGGUGCUGAUUUUAUAUGCGUGCUUUUGGUUUUUCUUAUUUUCAAUCUUAAGGACGAAAGUUGGAAAAAUGUAAAACUUUAAAAAAAAAAAAAAAUGGAAGCAUGUGAAAUCAUGCAUCAAGGAAGAUUUUUUUUUUUUUAAUUGUAUUUUUUACGUUCAAAAAAAUUUUCCUCCUUUUUUGUCUUGAUGAUGUCUUUCUACCUUUUUUCCUACGUGUAAAUUAGUUUGGAUAAAAACUGAUGAAAAGACUCGUGAAAUUCAGCUUUAAAAGUUUUUUCAGCGCGGAAAAAUAAGUCCUGUCACAAAAAAAACCAUUCAAAUGUUCAACCUGUGAGCUCAGACAGAACUGAACCCAAACGUUAUUCAGCAGCGCCGUGGCAGCUAGACAAAGGUUUUUUUUUUUUUGUUUUUUUUUUUGACAUACAAGUUUUAAUGAAAUGUUUUGUCUACUGAGGUCUUUUAUUUUGUAGUCAUUCCAUGCUUAAGCCUUAAAACCUGCUUGUGGAGGUCACCUUUUCUCACAGUAAUCUUCCAUGUCCGAGGUGAAUAAUUGGCUCUUAGAACAUGAAUACGAGGUGGUCAGAUGUAAUGUGAUAAAGUAGAUAAACAGCCUAUACGUGUUUGCCUAAUUAUUUUAUGUAAGUACAAAAAAAACCAACUCUUCUAAGGAUAAAAAAGCGUACUGUUUAUUGUUUGUUACUUACCACUACAUGGGUAUAAAUUCUUAUUAGAUCAUGUGUAUAUAUACAAAAUUUAAUUUCUGUUUUUCAUUUUCUCCUACACUGAGUUGUCUAUUAUCCCACCAUCUUUCAGU